AUGACAUCGGUGUAUCGUUUUGUGCAGCCUACCACCCGUUUUGGCACCCCGCCCGUCGAUUCACCGAGCUUACGAUCAGUCCAGGCACCAACAAGCAACAAUCUCGUUGGUCCUAAGCCCUUCGGUGGAUCGAGUGGAGGUUUCUCAUCGAAUUUGUCUCCGACUCCGACAUUGAAUUCCGGAAGCAAUACCUUGCCACGUCCUCAAAGCCAGACUGUGACAGAAACCUCCAACAGCGAGACUUACAAAAGAUCCUAUUAUCACGAGGUCGUAGAAAACCCGAAAGAUCAGUCCUCCCGUUCCGGCUCCAUAAAAUCCCGUCGGAGCCUUCUUUGGCCACCUCCGAAAUCUAUUGAAGAUAUUACAUAUCCUACUGCCAGUCCUCUAUAUAUCAAUCCGAAUCCUAUUCUCGAUAAAAGGUGCUAUCAAAUUAAAGAGAAACGCGCUAGUAUUGAGGCUUGCGAGCGAGCUUUGAGUCGUAGAACCGAGAGACAUCGGAGUGAAAGCAUCGAUAGAGAGAUCGAAAGAGUAGUGAGAGAAAACGGUCAUCAGCACGAAACUGACGUGAUGGACCGGCUGAGUUGUCCUGGACAGCCAAUAUAUCGGCGUAUCGAGCUGUGGGAUACCAAUAGAACCUCUCAAUCGGAUAUAACAAAGCCACACUCGAGGCCAAGUUCAACUGAUAGCAUCCGAAGGUCGCUGACACCCACCAGAAUCGUUCAACCGAUUCCGAAACCGUGGACUGCGACUGUCAGCAGCGGAGGUACUAAUCUCUAUCAGCAGAGUUAUGCAAUAUCGGCACAACAAGAACAGCCUGCAGGACAAAUUUACAAGAAAUUUACGCAGCGGGAAGUUUGUCGAGAACGUACAUCAGGCGGCAAGGAACAUCGGGAAGAACAACGAGCUUACAGAACAGAGAUCUGUCGAAGGGAGCAAAUCUGUCCGAAACCGCCCUUACCCACACCUAAGCAAGAGCCAGCAGAGACGGUUAAAGAAAUAGACACUGAGGUAACCAAUCUAAGGAGUGACGAGACAAAUGAAGUUUCAAAGGGUUUUCAGGGCGAACAUGAUCUGAUCACUGAAACGGCCGAAGAGACGGUGGACGGUGUGCACACGAAGCAAUCGGCAACUUUUGAAAAGACUGUGGAGAGGGUGUCAUCGCCGGAGAGAUAUAAUGUUCCGAUGAUAGAGAAAGCGGAAGACAAGACAGAGUCUCAGUAUUUCGCGAGAAGAAUUGAAAAAUACAUCGAUCGAAAGGUGGAAGAUACAACGGAACGAACUGUAGAGGAGUCCGCCGAGAUGGUUACAUCGGCUAUUGACGCUCAGCAGAUGUUAGAAAAAGCAAAGCAAGAGGAAGAAGAAAGAAAGAAAGAAGAGGAAGAGAAAGAACGAAGAAAGGAAAAAGAAGAAAGAAGAAAGCGUGAGGAAGAGGAACAAAGACGUCAAGAAGAAGAAAAGAGGAAACGAGAAGAAGAGGAAAAGAACAAAAAACAUGUAACUUUCAGCGCAGAGGAAGAGAUCGAAGAAGUGCUAGAGCAGCCGCUGGGCAGAACUGUCGUACGAGAAGAACGCAUCACAGAAUCAGACGGAUCUACUCCGGGACGUUGCAAGAUCACAAAAGAGACAUACGAAGAGAUUACUGAAGAAGUGCUGGUUCAGGAACGCGUCAAAAAAAGAGGAGUAGAAGACGAACGUAGAAAGAGUUUGCGUGAGCAAGUAGAGGUUCAUCAAAGUCUUCGAGAUCAACAAGCGCCGGAGAGACGAAAUGUUGUUGCGAGAUAUGGACAGCAACCUCAAGAGACCAUGGAGUCGUGUAAGAAAAAGGUACAAUUCUUGAAAGAGACGGAGACGGGGCCGAAACCUCUGUCUGACACGCCUGUAAAAAAUUCCACACCUAAGGAGUGGAAAUCCGAGAUGGUGAACGCCCUGACAACUGCAUCUGAUCGUCCUUACACGCCGUUGAAUGCCACUUCUAGCGUAAAAGAAUUAUAUACCGAAGAAACCAUCUACUUGGACCACAGAUGUCGCCCUAAGACACCGCCAAUCAAAAAGGAGAUUCGACCAAUUUCACCUUUCCAGCAAGCAUUAACGAUAGCGCCUGAACGAUCCUACACUCCUCUGAGUCGUGAAAUCGGACCAGAAGACCAACAAAUUGCCACUAAAUCGCAGACGCCAAGUCUUCAGUUACAAAAUGGCGAAUACUGCCCACCAUUAGGUAUUCUAUACGGUAAAGAAAAAACAGGGGAAUCUUACGCACGAGAACAGAUAUAUAUGAAGAAAGAAGUCAAGGAAUCGAGACCGCGACCUUUACCUACUCCGCCACCUGAUUAUCGUCUGAGAGACUCUUCAGCGUCACCUGCUGCGAGACCUCAAUCAGAAAUUCUCAAAUCAUCUAAAUCUUUUACAGCUGGUCUAAAAAAGCCAGAUGCCAUACCGGUCUAUCAGAAGAAUUUAGUAGCGAUGAAGAAAGGACCUAUAGAGGGUCAGCCAUUCGUUCCCAGUAGAACACCUACUCCAACUCGCAGAUCCAAGUCACCUGCUCAAGGACCGCCCGAGCCGCCAGCGUGUUACAUAAAAACUCGAGCCCCAAGAAUUCGAGAGGAUCCACCACCAUCGAAACGCGGUGGAGCAGUACAUUUUCCUUCGCGUAAGACCAUCUCUUACCAUGUAGAGGAAGAUACCGAUAGUGGUCACAGGAAGCAGGAAUAUUCUGCUUCGAGGACCGUCAACUAUGACGAGAAGGAGACCAGUCUCAAAGCAGGUCCGAUGGAGGCACUUUAUGCCCAGUUCCAGGAAACACGAUGUAUGACGAGUGAAGAAACUAGCGAGCAGAAAAAUAUUGCGACUCACGUAAAGAAAGCGCUUCAAGUAGUCGAAGAUUACGAGAAAUGUCAGCAAAAAGAGAUAUCACCAUCCCAAAAGCCGAAACCAAGCAUCUGUACCAUAAGUAAGGUGAGCCAUACAAAGCCCACUUUAUCAUGUCCUAUGACAACAUCUGCGCCAGUUAGACCGACCUACAGUAGUUCCACCGAAGUGCGUCACGUACGAUAUGAGACUCCUUCACCGAAACCUUGUCCGGAAACAGGAGUGACCGUUCUACCUUGCAAAGCGUAUUCUGAUCAGGGAAUCAAAGCCGGCGUCGUCGUAGUGCCCUGCGAUGAUUCUCAGACCUGUUCUAGAUCCGGAAUCUGCGUGACAGCCACGAAAGAUCAAUCAGGCGUGUGCGUGUCACCUUCAUUCGGUAUGCGAUCCGGUAUCUGUGGUCAACCAUCAGGUACUUGCGGUCGCGAAUCUAGUUGCGAUUUCAAUAUUUCCAACUGCCCAAGUUCUGACAUCUGCGUAACUCCGUGUGUCGACGGUUCUGUUUGCGUGGCACCUUGCAAAAAAUCUGGUCCGAAUCAAUCCAAGGCAAAUCUUCCCUUCCCUCAAAUCCCGCUUCCCUAUAAAAAAAUUCCCUCACCAGCUCCUCAAUGUUCAGCUCCUAGCUUCAAACCUCGCACUAACCUGAGUGGUCAGCUUGCCCGAUUGACCGCCAAAAACGGCCAAUCAAACGUGCCCAUGGUACAGCUUUACAAAUCGAUCCAGACUGAACCGACUCUUCAGGCCCAGAGUUAUUCCGAAGACACUUAUUAUCACACUCAGAGCUACCGCGAAACCGGCAAUCAUUGCCAGAACAUUCAGAACCGCUGCCAAGACCAGAUCCAUUGUGAUCCCCUUAGUGAAACCCAGAAUUUAGUAGACCCACCAAAUUUGUCGUCCCACCCGGAUCUAGGUACUGGAAUCGGUGGCCUCGGCAGCGCGGGUUCCAAGACCGGAUCGUUCGCUGGUAGCAGUGCACCCAAACGUGGACGGGGUAUCCUGAAUCAGGCUGUCGGAGCGGGAUCGCGUGUACCCCUGUGCGCUCACUGCAACUCAUAUGUCAGAGGGCCUUUCAUCACUGCUUUGGGCCAAAUCUGGUGCCCCGAUCAUUUUGUCUGCGUUAACGCUCAAUGCCGUCGUCCUCUUCAAGAUAUCGGCUUCGUCGAGGAAAAAGGACAACUCUAUUGCGAAUAUUGUUUCGAGAAAUUUAUUGCUCCUACGUGCAACAAAUGCAAUAACAAAAUCAAAGGCGAUUGCUUGAACGCGAUUGGAAAGCACUUCCACCCUGAGUGCUUCAACUGCGCUUAUUGUGGCAAACUUUUCGGUAACAAUCCGUUCUUCUUGGAGGAAGGAUUGCCUUACUGCGAAGCUGACUGGAACGAGCUGUUUACCACGAAAUGCUUCGCAUGUGGAUUCCCAGUCGAGGUUGGCGACCGUUGGGUGGAAGCCCUAAACAACAAUUAUCACAGCCAGUGCUUCAAUUGCACGAUGUGUAAGAAGAAUCUCGAGGGCCAAAGCUUCUAUGCGAAAGGCGGUCGUCCUUUUUGCAAAAAUCACGCACGUUAAAAUAAUCAUCAACCAUCGGAUACGAUCAAUGGAAUGAUAAGAGGAGAAAAAAUAGGAAAGAGCAAAAAAAAUGAAGAGAAAGUGCAACGAAGAAAGAAUACAAUGUUAAUGUCAAUUACUUUAUCGUGAUUAUUUUUUUUCUGUGUCUUCGAUCAAGAUCACUUUAACUAACCCUUUGUUAAAUCUACGAGCGAUCCUUCGUAUAGCUACAAAAAUACAGGAUUAAUUAAGGGUGAUUUUGACAACGAAACUUCUUUAUCACCGAGUCUGAUAAUGAAUCGCAAUAUCAGUAAUUG